CCCUUGGGAGCGCUUCCGCGAGCUCUGCCUCCUUCGUUUUGGGCCCCCGAUCCGCGGGAGCCGCCUGGCGGAGCUAGGCCGCCUUCCCUUCACCUCCACGGUUCAGGACUUCGCCGACCGUUUCCAGGCCCUGGCAUGCCACGCGUCGGGCGUGACGGCGCAGCAGCGGGCCGACCUCUUUGUCGGUGGACUUCCGGAUCACAUCCGCGUGGACGUGGAGCUUCAGGGACCCCAGGAUAUCCAGACGGCCAUGUACUACGCCCGCGCGUUCGAGCGCCGCGCGGUGGCCGUCCAGCAGGAGUCACCGUCCCGGGCCACUGGGUCGCUACCCUGGCCAGAUCCCGCUCCGUGUCGGCCUGUUCAGGCUUCCGCGGCACCCCUCGCCGCGACCGCGGCGCGCCCGUUCCGCCGGCUCACCUCGGCCGAGCUACUCGAGCGUCGCCGCCAAGGGUUGUGCUUCAACUGCGACGAGCCCUACACGCCCGGCCACGCCUGCCCGCGACUCUUCUACCUGGAGGUUGCAGACUACAUUCCGGAGGACGCC